AUUCACUCUGUCUGGUUUCCCACAGUACAAAAAACAUGGAAGUGCAAUUAUUUUAGUAAAUAUCAACUGUUAAAUACCUCUUGUGACUUCUAUCAGUGUCCAACAGAGCACAUGUUAAAACUUGUAGGUUGAGUUUUCUUUCUGCUCUAGGAGGAUAAAAUCCCCUGACAUCUGUCUGGACAGUGCUGAUUGGCCUUGUGCUGAUUACAUGCACUCUCCCAAGAAAGAAAAAAUCCCUCUGUAGCAAAACACACUAAACUGAGCAUGUGCAGAGUGUCUCCAAACCAUAUGUCUUAUCAGGAGACAAGAGGGAGACAGUGGAAGAAGGGGAGUAUGAGAGAAGUCAGGAUCAAUCAGCCUUUUUAUGCAAUUCAGAGGAUUAACCCCUUAGGUUCCAGAGUGAGUAUAACAAGCAUGCUUUACUGCAUAUACAGACUGAUUUUACUGUUGUGAGUUUAG